CAAAUUCUUCAGUCAAUCAACUAUGGGGAAGCUGUCAUUUUCUUUGAAACCCAAUUUUUUGGGUUUAUUAAAAUUUUUAAACAGUUUUAACUGGUUCAUCGUAUUCUUUAGCUUAGUUAAUCUUUCAGUAUGCAUUUACGAGGACCAAAUAGGAAAAUUCGACUGGCGUCAGUCCUACGUUGGGAGAAUAAAAUUCGCUCAGUUUGACACAGUAUCCACUGCCAAGAAAAUUAUAGUUGCUACCGAAGAGAACGUUUUAGCGGCUUUGAAUCUCAAGACGGGACAAGUUGUUUGGCGUCAUGUAUUUGAGAGUGCAUCUACAGGAAACAUUGAGCUGUUACAUGUUGCUGAAAAAGUUGUCACUGUAUCAGGAUCCAACCCAUAUCUUGUCCGAGGAUGGGACUCUGCAACAGGAGUCCUGCUCUGGGAAUGGUCCCUCACCCUACAGAACAACGACCAAGCAGAGUUCUCGGAAUGGUUUGUUGAGAACAGUGCACUUGUGCACAUGCUGCCAGUGUUUGGUUCUCACAUUGAAGUGUCAAUGUACAACCUGAUGACUGGACAGAACAGAGGUUCCACUUCCAAAUUACCAGCUCUUUGGACCAAUGAAGGAUGUGUUUUAUCAGCACCAUAUUACACCUGUUUGUCAGGUAACCCAGGAAGCCAUCUGUUAAUAUCUAUGGACUUGACUUCCAAUGCAGUACAGCUGAUAAGCAAACCUCUCUCCCAGUUGAUCACUAACGAAUACGACAGCAGUUUACGGUCACUCGAUGGCAACAGCAUAGUACCUGGUUUCAUCCUUGGAGAUAAGAAGAUUAGCAUGAUAAAGAAUAAUGAGUUUGACUUUCUGUCUGUAGAAUUGAUGGAUCCGUCAGCUAGUGUGGCCAUAGUUGACAGUUCAAAUGGUCUAAUCAUUCUUCAGAUUUGGAGUGAUGAUGAGAAGGGCUUCUUUAUAACGGGUCACAGUUUAGCCACUGGCAAGGAGGUAGCCGAGAUCCGUAGGCCGGCAUCAGGGCUGUCGAUUCCCUCGCCGGAGAUAUCAGCUGUAACUUGCGGCACAUCUCGGGAUGUUCAGCCCUGCCGUCUGCUAGUCACCGCGCAGGACGACGCCUCCCAUCUACUGCAUCAGAAUGGUCGCGUGGUAUGGACGCGCGAGGAGGCACUGGCAUCUGUAGUGGCGGCCGAGUUCGUCGACCUGCCCGUGUCCGACCUAGAUGCCGCCAUCGAGUCCGAGUUCGACCAGAAGGAAGGUUCUGUAUGGGCCGCGUUCUCCCGCCGGCUGCAGCAGCAGUGGCAGCAGCUGCGCACGUUCCUGGCGUCGCUGCAGGCCGGCGAGCAGCGGGACCACUCGCAGCCCCUCGUCAGGGACUACUUCAACCUGCACAAGAUGAUAGUCAUACUCACCGACGUCGGCAAGAUAUUCGGGAUUGACAACCUAACGGGAGAGAUUGUAUGGCGGCGAUACGAGCGGGGAGUCGACGCGUCGCGUGCUGUCUUCUACACGCGGCGACAUGCUUCGCUGCUCACCGUCGUGGCGGCGCACGAGGAGACUGGCAACGGGCUGAUAAUCAGCUUUAACCCGAUCGACGGGUCGUUAGCGGGCGAGCGCCGAAUGCAACUUGAUACGCGGCUACUGCAGUGCACGCUGUUAAAUAAACCGGACCAGGAGAAACUACAUGCGUUGGUGCUGUUGGAUAGCGAAGAAAACGUGCAGGUGUUGCCUCGGUCGGCGGCUGUCCACGUGGACAAUACAUUCAUGUACGUCGCGGACAAGAGCACCGCUAAAAUACAAGGAUACGCGCUCAGAUACGACGGAAAGGAGGUGGUAGCCCAAAAGACAUGGUCUUUGAACUUGGCCGGGGGAGGGGCCGGGUUUGGGCCAGACGGGGAUAGCGGGGCCCACCGCAUCGUGGGAGUGUGGCCCAAACCGUCCGCCGAGCGGGCCCACUCCCCGGGGAGAGUGUUGGGCGACCGCAGCGUCUUAUACAAGCAUAAUAAUCCUAACCUGGUGCUGGUGCUUACCGAGGCCCGGGACCUACAUCAUAAAGAAUCGUGGGUGGUGGCAAUGUGCGUGGACGCCGUAUCGGGGGCCGUGGUGACGUCACAGGUGCAGCGCCGCGCGCGGGCGCUCCCUCUAGCGGUGCAUUCCGACAACUUCCUCGCCUACGUGUACUACAGCGAGAAGCAUCGCCGCCCGGAGAUCGCCACCUUGGAGUUGUACGAAGGCCAGGAGCGUUGGUUAGAAGCGGGCGCCGCGUUCAGUUCGUUCGCCAGCAACAACAAGAUGGCGCUAGUGUCGCGCGCCGCCUACGUGCUGCCCGCGCUGCCCGCUGCCGCCGCCCUCACCAGGACGGAGCGAGCCCUCGCUGCGCGCCACGUGCUGCUGGCGCUGACCACGGGAGCCAUAGUGGAAGUGCCUUGGGCGUACUUGGAACCUCGGAGGCCGGUGACCCCGACUCCUGAACAACGAGAAGAAGGCCUGAUCCCGUAUGCCCCCGAGUUGCCUCUACCCGCUGAGGCCGUCAUCAACUACAACCAGACAUUACACCGGAUCACGAAUAUAUACACCGCGCCUUCGGGCCUGGAGUCCACUAGCUUGGUGCUGGCCGCGGGAUUAGACUUAUUCUACACACGAGUGGCGCCAUCGAAAACGUUCGAUCUCCUGAAAGACGACUUUGAUUACUACCUAAUCGCUAUAGUUUUAUCCGCUCUCAUCGUGGCGACAUACAGCACCAAAUACUUCGCCUCAAGGAAGUUGCUCAAGAUGGCGUGGAAGUGAUGAGGCAUAGUGGGGGAACUUGGACUGUGUUGCAAGGGGCAAAAGGUCGAAUAUGGCUUACAGUCUGCUCUGCAUAGGCAAGAUUUGGCCCUAAAAGGUUUUUAAAAGAAAGACUACUGUAUCAUUAGUUAUCUAAUAAAGUUUCAAGCAUAUUUGUAUAAUGCGAUUCAACUAAGAAUAGGACCGACUAGGCGCCAUAUUUUGACGUCAUAACUGUCAAUUCAAACCAAAUAGGUAGAGUGAGCAAAAAAAUUUUGCUUUUUAAGAAAACUUAUUCACUAAGAUUAAGUGAGAUAAAACAUCAGAUUUUAUAAUAAAAUUAAUUUACUAAGGUUGAGAAAGAACACAACCGAUUUUUAAUAGUAUUUUUUUAUUAAGACUGUGUGAAAAAAAACAUUAUUAGAAUCUAGGCUCUUCAAUUUCGCUCAUCUCUGCAUUACCGCCGGAGAAGUUAUGAAUAAUCAUACAUCCUAUAUGUAAACGAAAGUUCUAAAUCGAGUUUUUGAACGCAACAUAAUGUGACAUUUGGUUGACGAUUUAGAUUAUCAACCAUUCAUAGCCAGAGCUCAAUAAAUGAAAAAACAGAACAACUAAUAUUAAUUAUCAACAUUUGUUAUUGUUUGUUUAAAAAUGUUUGGUUUUUAUUCUAGAAUCAGCUGAGUGCUAAAAAAGUGUUCCGAGAUUUUUUUGCAAACCGUACUUUUGAGGCGACAUUUGACAGAUGGAGGUCAUUGACUUUCCUAUUCUUAUUUGAAUCGCAUUAUAGAGCUGCAAUUUCCAAAUAAUUCAAGAUAUACAGUUACAUUUUUGUGACUUAAUAAAUGUGCUCAUUUUUGUUUAAAACUAGCUGCGUCCCGCGGUGUUACCCGCGGUUUAUUAGGGAUAUUUUUCCGCAGUAAAACGUAACCUAUGAGUUAAUCCAGUGUGUCGGCUAACUCCAUACCAAAUCUCACAAAUUUUCGCAUUUAUAAUAUUAGUGCGAUGAGUAUCCAUCCAUCAAGGGCGGAUCCAGGGGGGGGGGGUCAUGGGGGUC